AAAAGAAAAUGGAAUCAUCAUGAAGAUGUUGCACUUGUUACAGCUUUGAUUGAUUUGCACAAUAUAGAAAAAUACAAUGCUGACACUGGUUUUAGAGGGGGUUAUUUAAUAGAACUUGAAAAUAUGCUUGCAACAAAAUUACCAAAUGCAAACUUGAAGGCGAAGCCCCAUAUAGAGUUUAGAAUAAAGACUUUGAAAAAAGAAUGGACUAUUAUAUAUGAUAUGGUGCAAGGGACACAUACUAGUGGAUUUGGGUGGGAUGAUCAAAGAAACAUGGUUGUUGCUGAUGAUCCUGUAUGGGAAUCUUACAUACAGAGUCACAAGGAGGCUGCCCCUUUUAGAAGAAAGAGUUUUCCCUUCUUCAAUGAGCUAAGUAUAAUUUAUGCAAGAGAUCGUGCAACAGGGAAAGAUGAUGAGGAUUUUUCCAAUAUUCAACCUCAAACUUCAGCUCCCAGAAGUGACACAACUUCAACAAGGAAGAAGAAAAGGCUAAAUGAGACGGGUGAUCCCAUCACAUCUAAAUCAAUUAUUGCUGCUGCAACGAUAUUGGGUGAAAACAUAAAAAAGGCUGGAAUUGAGUUUAGCAAAAGUGUUGGGGCAGAGGUGAACAUACAACAAAAAGCUCAAGAGUUGGAUGGGAUUUUAGGUCAAGUAGAGGGAUUGACAGCGAUGGAAAGGGUUUUAGCUUCAAUUAAACUUCCAGAAUCUCCAACUCUUAUGUUUGUGUUUUUUAGUAUUGAUCCUGAUCGAAGACUUGAAUGGCUGAGGACAUUUCUUGCUGACCGUUGAGC